GAUUAAUAUGUUCUGAUGAAAAUAUCAUUCAAGGUUUAUUUUUUAGUUCAUUAUGAUGUAAAUUUUAAGUGGUUACAGGAUGUAAAGCUAAAACAAUGUGUCAGUGAGACAUAUUGUCUACCUGAAACACCAAAGGUUGUAUAUGGAUUGAGAGGUUCUACUGCAGAUAUAUACCUUGACAAUGUAGCUUAUAGAGAAUUUCUCUUCAAAGCAUUUAAUGUCUCAACUGUUGAUGAAGAGAGCGCUGCAAUUGUAAUGACAUCUCUAUCAAAUGGAGUGCCUUGUAUUGUGUUUCGUGGUGUAUCAGAUUAUGCAGGUGGAGAGGGAUUACUGUCAUCAACGAGCCUUACUUAUUUGGCUGCUGUGAAUGCUCUCAGUGUUGCUGUUGAGUUUAUUGGAUUAUUUGGCGAGGAAGCUCCACGACCACUGAAAGUGGACACCAUUUGAGGCUAGAGAAAUAUUGUUAAAUAUGUAAACAAAUUAUUUAAUUUUGAUAAAGUAAUGUCCUAAAAUAUUUAGCAAUGCCCCAUGUUGUACAGUUCGUACUGAUUUCUAGAA